UUUAUUCAUCACCAAUGACAAAGACAACUCCCACAAGCUGUAUCACUCCAUUUUUGUUACUAUAUACCGAUAGUGUAAACAAUUUUCUUUACUAUCAAUAACAUAUCGAACUUUUUUCCUGAUAUAAUCGUCGGAACACACAACAACACAUAGUAAAAGAAGAAUCACUCCCAAUUAGGAGUUUUUCCAUUUACAGGGUUUCGCGUAACGAUCGAUCAUCAGAAGGUGAAACGAUCCUCUAUCUAUCCGCAGUAGCUCAACUUUCAGAAAUGGCAUCCAAGCAAAUUCCUUACCAAAAACUCAAACAAGAAAGCAGCUACUUCGAUGAAGAGGAUAUCGACUUAAUACACCUGAGAGAAAAGGUGAUUGGAAAAAUCAGGAAAAAACCAUCUUCGUUCUGGAACAUCAAGUUCAGAAAAGUGCACCUGAGGAAGCGAUUGAGGAUUAAGGUACCUAGCUUGAAGAAAUUCUUAAGGAGAAAAGCUAGAUUCAUCGCGACCGCAUUGGCUAAAACUUUGAAGAGGUUGAAGGAAAGUCAGUCACAUUUUAGUGAUCUCUUUGCUGGGAACUACAUGUUUAUGCAGAUCAAUCCAACUCCGUUGAAAAUUUAUGCACAAAAUCACAAAUCUCAGAAUCUGAAAGCCAGAGCUGAUCACUUCCAUAGUGGAUUCACAUCAUUAGGUUCUGCUACGUAUUCAUUUUAGUAUGGAUUAAUUAGUUUGUAUGCGUUUUGUUCUUCCAAGUAUCUUCAGAUCGGCAGGUAAUUUUCUUAAGACUUCAUGGGAAAAGGUUCGAAAAUUUGCAUCCAGUGUAAUCCCGCAAGUGGGGUCUGGAGAGAAUAGUGUAUACGUAGACCUUAAUGCUACCUUUCCCUGUCUCUACAAAACAAAAAUAUUAGUUUUACCUUAUAAUACUUUGGAAUCAUUUACAAUA